UAUGCAGCUGUCUCGUCUAGGCAGUUGGACUUUUUCCAAACUGGGACUGAAAGUUGGAUUUAAUGGAAAAGUUUUGGUCUGUUCUUUACUGUGCGUCAAGUGAUUUAAUCUAAAACAUCUCAACAAAAUGUCCAGCAGUCUUUUGGUGAAAACUCUGGAGGACAUGACCCUGGAUCCGGGCUAUGUGACCGGGGAUCCCUGCCCGUCCCUCAGCCUGUCGUCCUCCGGCAGGUCAAGGCAGUCUCAGCCUCACACAAGCACUCCUCACCGGGGUACCUGGUGGCAGCACGCCGGCUCUCUGCACAGCAGGAAUGGCAGCUGGGACACGGUGAUCACGCUGCCGGAGGACGCUGCGGACAUCCUGGUCAAGUGUCCCUCCCUGCCCGAUGUGGAGGAGUAUCCCUGGACCGAGCAGGAGCUGAGAGAAAUCGUGCGUCGAGUUGCCGAUUCGGAUGCCUCGUUCACCGGAGAAGCUGUCCACAGGCUGUCCAGUCUGCUCCGGAGGGCUUUGGUGCGGAUCUCCCGGGAGGCACAGCGACUCAGUGAGCUCCACAGGCGGUGCACGCGCCUGGAGGUCCAGAGCGCGGUGAGGCUGGUGCUAAGCUGGGGUCUGGCCGAGAAGUGCAUCUCCUCCGCAGUGAAAGCCGUGUCUCUCCACUGCAUGAGCUCCGGGGACACAGCACGUCAGCGGGGCAAGUCCGCGCGCUGCGGUCUGACGCUCUCCGUGGGCCGCUUUUUCAGGUGGAUGGUGGAAACACGCGUGUCGGUACGCGUGCAUGAGUACGCCGCUGUCUGCCUGACGGCAUGUGUGGAGAGUUUGACGGAGGAGGUGGUUGUACGAGCGCUGCAAGCUGCGAGGCUGACCGCGGAGAGGGAGGAGGAGAAGCGGGGCGGCGGGGUCACCUGCUGCCCGGUGACCGCGGAGCUGCUGGAGGGAGCUGUCAAUAAUGACGCGGAGCUGUGGGGACUGCUGCAGGUCUAUGAGCAUCUGAUAUGUGGCAAAAAUGCCAAUGGUGAGCUGACGCUGCCAGCCCAUGUCAGCCCGUACACAAAGGUUCCUGCAGAUUCAGUGGAGAGCAGAGAGGACGCCUACUUCCAGCUGGAACUGCGAACGCUGGAGCAGGCUCUACUUGCCACCUGUGUGGGCAGCAUCGCAGAGCUCAGUGAUCUUGUGUCUCGAGCGAUGCACCACAUGCAGCGUCUGCGCAGCUCGAGCCCUUCCGUCAGCCCCACUCGCUUAGCCACUCAGCUCUCAGUAUCCUGGGCUGCAGACGCCCUCCGUACACUCUACUACUUCCUGUCCAGCCCACAGAUGGAGUCACUGGAAAAUCCCAACCUAGAGCCGCCGACCAUGACACUGAGCAGAGAGAGGCCAUUCCUGCUCCUCCCUCCUCUCAUGGAGUGGAUCAGAGUCGCUGUGGUGCAUGCUGAACAUCGCCGCAGCCUAUUGGUGGACAGCGAUGAUGUCAGACAGACAGCCAGGCAGCUCCUCCCAGGACUGGACUGUGAGCCCAGACAGCUAAAGUCGGAGUGCUGUUUCCAGUCAUUUAAAUGUUUGGAUGCAGAAGCUGCUUCAGCCAAGUUCCAGCUGGAUUUGGGCUUCAGGAUGCUCUCAUGUGGCCGAGCAGAUUUGAUCCAUCAGGCCACACAGCUCCUGGGAGAUGAGGGGCUUAACACCAUGGACGACCAGGGAAUGACUCCUCUGAUGUACGCCUCAGCAGCAGGAGAUGAAGCUCUGGUGCAGAUGCUCAUAGAGGCUGGAGCCAACCUGGACCUGCAGGUCCCAGGCUCCUCUUCCAGACACCCAUCGGUUCCUCCUGGCAGUCGGCGCUGGGUGGCUUUGACGUUCGCUGUGCUGCACAGUCACCUGUCUGUGGCCCAGCUGCUGUUGGAGGCCGGAGCUGAUGUGGAGGGAGGAGCCCUGCUGGAUGGUCAGGAGAGCUCAGCUGAGACACCGCUACAGCUAGCUGCUGCUGCAGGUUACUAUGAGAUGGUGAGCUUGCUCCUCACCCAUGGAGCAGACCCUCUGCUCAGAGUGCAUCAUGGGAAUUCCCUGACAUCACCAUUGUAUGAGGACAUGAACUGCUUCAGCUAUGCUGCAGCACACGGACACAGGAACAUCCUAAGGAGGCUGCUGCAACAGCCCCAGCACAGGAAGGAAGACAUCCUCUCUCUGGAGGAGAUCCUGGCUGAGGGAGUGCAGGAAGAGCAGGAGGAGCAACAGGAUGCAAAAGCUCCAGCUCCUGACUCUCUGAGCCCUAUCCCCAGGCUGUGUAAGGCCAGGAUGAAAGCCCUGCAGCAGGCAGCCUACUACAGUGCUGAGCACGGUUACCUGGAUGUGACCAUGGAGCUAAGAGAGAUGGGUGUUCCCUGGAGGCUCCACAUCUGGCUUGAGUCUCUCCACAGAGCCCAGCAGCUGUGCAGGGACAAAGUCAUUGUCUCCCUCCUCACAGAGUUCCCCUGCAUCAGGACGGAGGACUACAGCCCUGAGCUCCCCUCCACAGGCAUACCGCUCAUGUUCAGCAUGCUAGAAACCAACAAGGACUACGUGAUAACCAAGCGGCUGGCAUCUGUGUUCUCUCACUGCUACAGCUGCUCUCCCGUUCCUCCCAUCCUACCCAUGGAUGUCACUCUGUCCACACAGCUAGAUAUUCAUUUCCUGAACAAUCAGGAGAUGUCAGACGUGACGUUUAUGGUGGAGGGGCGUCCAUUCUUCGCACACCGGGUGCUGCUGAUGUCGGCUUCUGAAAGGUUUCGACGGAUGCUCUGCGACUCCCCCGACAAUAUCAUCCAUGUCAGUCACAUGACCUACAGCACAUUCCAGAUGACUAUGAAGUCUCUGUACUGUGGAGGAACAGAGGGACUGACAGUCUCCCACUCUGAGGCCAUGAAGCUGCUGCCAGUGGCUACUUUCUUCCAACUCAGAGGUCUGCAGAGGUGCUGUGAGAUGAAGCUGUCACAAAGUCUGACUCUGGACAAUGCUGUCAGCAUCUACCAGACUGCCAAGCAACAUGGAGCGGCUGAACUCUGCAGGUUUUGUGAAGGAUUCUUUCUAAAGUACAUGGACCGGCUCCUGGACCGGGAGGACUUCCACCGCCUGCUGCUGGGCGCCAUUGGUCAGGAGCAGAUCUGCCCAGAGGUGGGCACCCAGGACCAGGAUCUACCGAUUCUCCUGGAGGUUUUGGAGGCCACUUUAAUCCACAGACUUUACACCCUGCACUCUGCAUGUCGAGAGUAGAAACAAUGCAGCAGCCUCUAAUACCCUGGGUUGUGUUCAGCCACACUGGUAUGUGUGUUAAAGGAAAAGUAGCCAUAUACUGUGUUUUUAAUUUCUGUAGUCUUCUUAGGGAGAACACCUUAGUGUAGAAGAAGAGUAGACUGUUUUAACAAGUUCUUCAUUCUAGUUAUUUAUCUUGACACAAGUGAACAUUUCUAUAACUUGGAAGAGACAAUCCAAAUUGAUUAUGUAGAAUGUUACUGAUUAACUCAUGUAUCAGGUAAAAUGAACAGACUUGUGCUUGCAUUUUAAAAUUUGAGAAAUUUCUGUUCCCUGUUGCUGUAAAUCAAAUGUGUUUUUGGUUUCUUUGAGUGUUUGUUGGUCACAUUAAGCAACUUGAACACAUCACAUAAGCUCUAGAAAAAUGUGAUAGUAUAAAUUAUAAAAUUAUUAUUUAAUUUGUCGUUUAUCAGUUUUUUAUUAAUCAGGUUUUUGAGGUUUCACUUGUGACAGGACCAGUCUAGAGACAAGUAUAUAAAAAGGCAGGCAUUACCUCAAACCAGUUGUUUAGAGAAUAUUUACACAUAAUUCUUACUAAAGUUAAAAUGUAUGUUAAUUGCAUAUCAUAUAUGUAUAACCUGUACAGAUCAGAGUCCCACUAACUUAAUAUCUGGAGAACCACACCCCCUAAUAUCACAACAGCAAAAACUAACAUAUGAAUAAAGGCAUUCAGUGGUUGUCCAGCAGAAGUUCCAGGUAUAGAUCAUCAUGUAGGGAGAUACAAUUUAUACAAUCUAUAAUUUAACUGUAACUACUAAAUCAGUCAAUAUAAUGUGGGAAAACCUUUUUUUUUGUGUUUUAUCAAACAUGAAGGGGCUGGCAGAGCAUGUAUACCUUUUAAAUUAACACAGGUUAGAUUUUUACUUGCUUUUACGAAAGUUUCACUUUAACAAAUGAAAAACUUUUUGAGUACAAGGACUUACCAGUUACUUUACUUAAGAUCAGCCUAGUGAAUACAAUGUCUCUGGCUGGUAGGGUUGCAGGCAUGUAAAUUAAAAUCCAUAAAGAACAAGACGGAGCUGUUAAACUAUGAUGUAAUUGAAUCCGGAACCGUCUUCCAUACAGUGAUGGUCCAGUCCUCUAUGGGACUUUUUUCUAAUACAGCUCAAACAGAAUGAUGUAAAAACUAGUUAGCUCUUGGCCUUGGAACAUUGCGUGUAACAAUAAUGGACGUAGCUACCGUGAUGUCAAGCAUUGGUUUGUGGACUCCUGUUUUGAAGCCUAUAGUUUGGCAUUGUGGCCAUCGCCAUUUUGGUAUUUUGGAGCCAGAAGUGACCAUAUUUGGAUGAGAGGGUGGAGCUGUAGGAGCAAGGGGUGGAUCUGACUAAGAAGCCGAGGACACUAUUGGCCUGUCACUGUUGACUACCCACCCUUAAUUAUGCAGAACUUUAAGCCUUAAUAAAAUAUAAACAAGUGAGUUAUAUAUAUUUGUACCAGGCUGUGAACAUGUUUAUUUCUGCUUUUAAGCUUGGCAUUAUAACAUGGAAGUCUAUGGCAAUAUACCCUAUUUUGGAGCCAGCCUCAAGUGGCCAUUAGAGGAACUGCAGUUUUUGGCACUUGCACAUUGGCUUCAUUUUUCAGCCCCCGAGGUUACUGUUUGCCUUGAUAGUAACAUUAGGGGUGAGUUCCGAAUCCUAUACUUUUUUCUUUUUACUUUUAUUAUGUACUGCAGCUGCCCUUAAAAAGCACAUACUGUUGCAUGCAGUAUGCACACAAUCGGGACAUUCUACUUUCUUGUUACAUUAUGCCCUGAAGAUUGACCCUCUUGCCUUCAUAUCCAUUACCUUGGAGAUAAAACAAACUGCACUUACCAAGCUCGCAAGAGACAGAGAUCAUCCCGGAGAGCUCUACUGUUGUUACUUUGCAAUGUAAUGUGUGUAGUUUAACAUUAAAGCUAUAACUGCAUAGAUUGUCGGUUCUAACACAUUUGCGACAGUGAAAUUACACCUGCACUUAUCUGUCAUUGUUAUUUUUGUAUUUAUGUCCUGUUGUUUAUAAUAUUAAUAAUCAUUUUGUUCACUCAAACAAUUAAUAUUCUUUUUAUUACUAUUUGACUGGUCAUCAGUUACUUGAAUGUGCUGUCAGCCAUCAUUGCAGCUUCUGACAGCUAUCAAUGAGCUUAUCACUAAUUGACUGUUGUCUGUUUGCAGCUCAGUUUAUGUGACGUAUCGUCCACUGCACAGUGGAUUGUGGGUCAGAAUAGCACGAAAAGCAUGCUGGCUUGCAUACUGCAAAAUUGGACCGAAUGUAGUAGAACAUCCUGGUAUUUCUGCCAUACUGCACCUGACAUACUAGAUAUUGGGACACGAGAUCUUCUUCUGGAAUACUAUAUAGUAUGGUAGUAUGAGGAUUGGAAUGCACAGUAAAUUACUCCUGUAUGUAGUCAGCUAUUUAGCUGAUUUAUGUUAGAGUAGAUGAACAGUUCCUCAAAGUUUUGUCUAUUUUUGCUUUUGAAAAGAUUAAAAAAAAGGACACAACCUGCCAAACUUCUUAAACUUCAGUCCCACGCCUACUGCUUCAGUAUGUGGAAAGAUACAAAACUUAGUGUGCGUAGUUAUGGUUACUAAGUUACGAUGUGACUAUCAGUGUUUGGGUGAUGUGUUUAGCGAACAGUCAGAAACUGAAACUGAGCAAAGCUACCCUCAAAUAACUUUUUUUUUUUUUAACUCAAAUGUGCAGUUUUGCAGACAGCAUGUCAGUGUAGCUCCACAUAGACACUGCUGCUGCAGCA